GAGCGGAACGCAUAACCGAGGCGGCGAGCAGCCCAGGUUAUCUGAGCCGCUCGGUCUUGGGUGACUGCGCCCAGAUUUCAGGGCGGCGGCGGCAAAGGCGAGACGCGCUGUCGGGCCGCAGAGAAGCCGAGAAGCGAGACCCAGGCCCAGACGGCAGCGGCGGGGAGCAGAGCAUGGAACAGCGCGCGGGCCGGGCAGUCCUGAAGUUGAGUUUGAGAGGCGACACGGCGGCGGCGGCCGCGCUGCUCCCGCUCCUCUGCCUCCCCAUGGAUAUGCACUGCAAAGCAGACCCCUUCUCCGCGAUGCACCCAGGGCACGGGGGUGUGAACCAGCUCGGGGGGGUGUUUGUGAACGGCAGGCCCCUGCCCGACGUGGUGAGGCAGCGCAUCGUGGAGCUGGCCCACCAGGGCGUGCGGCCCUGCGACAUCUCCCGGCAGCUGCGGGUCAGCCACGGCUGUGUCAGCAAAAUCCUGGGCAGGUACUACGAGACCGGCAGCAUCAAACCCGGAGUGAUCGGCGGCUCCAAGCCAAAAGUGGCAACACCCAAAGUUGUAGACAAGAUUGCUGAAUACAAGCGACAGAACCCAACUAUGUUUGCCUGGGAGAUCCGGGACCGGCUUCUGGCGGAGGGCAUCUGUGACAACGACACGGUGCCCAGCGUCUCUUCCAUCAACAGGAUCAUCCGGACCAAAGUUCAGCAGCCUUUCCACCCAACGCCGGAUGGAGCUGGGACCGGAGUGACUGCCCCUGGCCACACCAUUGUUCCCAGUACGGCCUCCCCUCCUGUUUCCAGCGCCUCCAAUGAUCCAGUGGGAUCCUACUCCAUCAACGGGAUCCUGGGGAUCCCUCGCUCCAAUGGCGAGAAGAGGAAACGUGAUGAAGAUGUGUCCGAGGGCUCAGUCCCCAAUGGAGACUCCCAGAGUGGCGUGGACAGUUUGCGGAAGCACUUGCGGGCCGACACCUUUACCCAGCAGCAGCUGGAAGCUUUGGAUCGGGUCUUUGAGCGUCCUUCCUACCCUGACGUCUUCCAGGCAUCAGAGCACAUCAAAUCAGAGCAGGGGAAUGAGUACUCCCUCCCAGCCCUGACCCCUGGGCUUGAUGAAGUCAAGUCGAGUCUAUCUGCAUCCACCAACCCCGAGCUGGGCAGCAACGUGUCAGGCACGCAGACAUACCCUGUUGUGACCGGUCGUGACAUGGCGAGCACCACUCUGCCUGGUUACCCCCCUCACGUGCCCCCCACUGGCCAGGGAAGCUACCCCACCUCCACCCUGGCAGGAAUGGUGCCUGGGAGCGAGUUCUCCGGCAACCCGUACAGCCACCCCCAGUACACGGCCUACAACGAGGCUUGGAGAUUCAGCAACCCCGCCUUACUAAGUUCCCCUUAUUAUUAUAGUGCCGCCCCCCGGGGCUCCGCCCCUGCCGCUGCUGCCGCUGCCUAUGACCGCCACUAGUUACCGCGGGGACCACAUCAAGCUUCAGGCCGACAGCUUCGGCCUCCACAUCGUCCCUGUCUGACCGCCCGCCCCGGAGGGAGGGAGGAUCGACGCGACCCGAAGCCUCCCGGCCACCGCCCCAGACCCAACCCCCCUGCCAAGACCCCUCCAGCCCUUCACUUCAUCCCGUCCGAGGCGGGACAGGACGAGUGAAGCCGCGGGCGGGACCCUCAGGCCCGGGCCCGCCGCCCCCAACCCCGCCCGCCGCCCCUUCCCGCCUGCUGGACUGCGCCGCGUCGCGAGGAGGGCCCGACCCAGUUCGUCCCCGCCUCGCCGGAGCUGGCCCGGAGCCCACCAGCCGCACCGCCGGACUCUGGCCGGGCCCGCCGCUGCGCGGGGGGACACGCUUCUGUGACACACAAUCAGCGCGGACUGCAGCCUGGCCCAGCCCGGGAGCAGCCCGCCUCGGACGCUCCGGCGAGCGCCGGGAGGCUUCGCUGGAGGGACUGGGCAAAGGAAAUGAAGAACAAAACGAUUUUCUGCAGAAGGAGGAAGAGCCUCCUGCCGAGACCUCGGGAAAAUGUCCGAAUCCCGGCUUCAGCCAGAUAGCCCCCUACCUUCUGAGUGUGCCCUGCCAGGUGGAAUGGAAUGGGGGCGUGGGGGCCGGGCUUCAGGGAUGCGCUUUGGGGAUCGUCAGGCGUUUCCAAGGUUGGGACCCAAGGCACACAGGCCCCAGCAGCCCGCACCCACCGAGUCCGACCCUUGGCUCUUCCCAGCUCCACCUGAACUGCCCAGUUCUCAAGAGCCCAGGCAGCUCCUACUAGUGACCAGACUCUCAGCCCCCGCCUCGCCCCUACCUUGGCGUCUCUUCCGUCUACCCACCUCACAGCUCCUCCUCCUCCCCGUCCUUUUUCGAUCCCACGUCGCUCUGCAUCUCUCCUCCCUAACUCGCCGCCCUCACCUGAGUCUGCCCCCGUGCCUGCCUCAGGACCAGCUUCUGCAGGCCGCGGCACUGGUCCCCCCAGGCAGUUACCCGAUGACCCCCGCCUCCCGCCCCGACACAGACUCAAUCCGCCGGUGGUAGGAGCAGGGUGUGAGCUGGCGUCUGAGCUGCGCGGAGUGGAAGGUGGGGGGCUGCCCACUCCACCCACCUCCAUCCUCUUCCUCUGGCAGGAACUGAACAGAACCGCAAAAAGUCAAUUCUACAUUUAUUUAAUAUGAUGGUCUUUGCAAAAAGGAAAACAAAAACACCCAACAGGCUGCUGCUUUGUAGAAAGACGGUGUGUGUCUUGUGAAGGCGAACCCACGUGUAUAUAACCCCGCCCCUCCCGCCCCGCCCCUCCCGGUAGAGUCCCAGGUGCCCGCCCGCCUUGCCUGUAGAUAACGCCCCGCUGUCUGUGCUGUGAGAGUCGCCGCUCGCUGGGGGGGAGGGGGGAACACAGCUACACGCCCACUAAAGCACAGCACGUCCUGGGGGAGGGGGGGGCUUUUUUUAUGUUACAAAAAAUGACGAAAGAAAAGAAAUCUCUAUGCAAAAUGACGAACAUGGUCCUGUGGACUCCUCUCGCCUCUGUUUUGUUGGCUAUUUCUCUGUAAUUCCGUGUUUUCGCUCUCUCCUCCUCAUCUCUCUGCAUCGCUCCCCUUUCCAGCUCUCUGCUUCUCUCCGCCUCUGUCUCGGUCUCUCUCAGUCUUCGUCUCUCUUGUCUCUCUGUCUCUGUCCUUCCCUCGGCCUCUCUCCCCAGCCCUGCCCCGGCUGCCUUGCCCCCUGAGGCUAGACCAGAGGUGGCAACUCCAGCCCCUUGGUUCGCCCCUCGCGGCCGUGCCCGUGGGCUCUGGGCCGCCGGCGGCCGGGCCGCCCCGCCCCGUAGUUGCUCUCUCGGUAGCGGCGAUGCGCCCUGCAUGUCUCCUCACCCGUGGAUCGUGACGACUCGAAAUAACAGAAACAAAGUCAAUAAAAGUGAAAAAUAAAAAUCCUUGAACAAAUCCGUAAAGGCUUGGAGUCCUCGCCCAGAUCUCUCUCUCCUUCGAGCCUUUUUAUUUGAAAAGGAAAACGAGAAAAGAGAAUAGUUAAGGGAACUGCCGGUGCCCCGCCAGGCUCCAGCGGCCCAAGCGGGGCGGCGAGGGAGCCGAGGUUCAAACGUCGAGGCCCGGCCCAUUCCAGUCCCUGUAGGGCUGGCGCGACAGGGGCCCAAACCCAGGACCCAGCCGAACCCUCGAAAGUUUCCCGGAUGGCUCUGGUCUCCUUGGCCACCUUCAGCGCGUCGGUUCGUUUUGAUUCUUUUUCUUUUCUUUUCUGUGCACAUGACAAAUAAAUAAUAAUAAUAAAUAAUAAUUAAUAAAUAAUAAUAAUAAAAUUUUGUAUGUCA